AUGAAGACACAAGUGACGAUAAUAGCACAUACACCCUAUCAGAGAUCUGAGACUUCGAAAACUCGUCAGUCCGCGCACGUACAGAAGACGAAGCCCUUGUAUAACCAAAAAGUCCACCCGCAAGACAACUCCCUGGACGACGAACUGCUGGCAAAAACCCCGUCAAAUACCCAACCGGAACCCGAAAAACCCGACAAGCGCCCUCGAGGUAGGCCAAGUAGUACAAAUGCAUGCUGCGUUAGGGAUACAAAUCUACCUAAUCGAAGCGAGCAAGACAUUCUCCAGCAAGUCUUAGAUGAGAUAUACAGGGUGGUCGACAAGGCUACAUUUGCCCCAGAAAUGACCAGAUUAGAGGUCAAAGAGUUUGUCAAAAUGAAGCUGAGCGACGACAUUGGUCUCGAAAACCUAUACGACCUCGAUUCCGAUGAUUUCGAUGGACUUGAUGGGAGUGGUAGUCCUGAAAGUUUUCAUGGGGUUGGUGGUCUUGAUGCUCUUGAUGGAGAUGAAGGACUUAAUGGGGACAGUGACCCUGAUCAGGAUCUUGAUGGGAAUGACGGCCUUGAUGGUCCCGGUGGCCCUGACGGGCAUGGUCUCGAGCAGCAAAGCGAAGCAGACUACCUGAUCGACGAGGAUAACCUUUCGACCAUGGAUUCACCUUCGGAUGGCUCGGAUAGCACCAGCAGCCAAACUCCUGAACCGGGUCUAAAGGAUAGCCACGUCCAAGAUGACAAUUUGGUUGCCGACACAAGGUCCAAGAUAACAAUAUGGUUGCUGACACAGAGGCCAAUGCCCACUACAACUUUUCAAGCAGUAAAACACUACCUAAUGAUUUUGCCAGUAGCAGAACCCUUGCGCCGGAUUCACCACGUAGAGCCUUGA